AUGGAAAAUAAUGAGUCGAAGAAAGAGAUUAGAAGUACAUAUGAGCUUCAACAAUACGGAAACACCAUUCUCGACAUUGAAAAUAAUGGCCAUGGCAUAAAGCAGGAUGCAUCUACCAAAGAGAUUAUUAGUAGUGGUGAAUUGUUUAUGGUUGAUUAUACAAGCGAAUUUAUCACAUAUGACAUAUACAAAAGCAAAGAAGAUUUGAUUUCCUGGGCUCGAGCAGCUGCCACACGAACAGGACAUGUCCUUACAAUUAGAGCAUCUGAUGUUGGUGGAACCGUGAUUAGUAAUGAGACAAAAAGUGUCAAAAAACGUAUGUGCAUUGGUACAAAGAAAUAUGGUUGUCCAUUUUUACUAAGGGGAAAAACAACUGCAAAUGGGGAUGGUUGGAUUUUGGAAGUCAUUAAUGGAACGCACAAUCAUCCCUCUGCAGUGUAUUAUGAGGGGCAUAGUUAUGCUGGGAGAUUGACCUGUGAACAGACGGAGCUUUUGGUAGAUAUGUCUAAGAAUAUGGUUAUGCCGAAGGAAAUUCUUUGCACCAUAAAACAGAAAGAUCCAUUAAAUGCAACCACACUUAGGACUAUUUACAAUGCACGACAUAAGCACAAAGUCAUUGAAAAGGCGGGGAGGACGCAAAUGGCUUCUACUGAUGGUACUGACACAGUCGCUGAUUUGAUUUGGGCUCAUCCGAAAAGUAUUGAUUUGCUACGUACUUUUUCACGUGUGUUAUUGUUAGACUGUACAUACAAAACAAACAGAUAUCGCAUGCCAUUAUUAGAGGUUGUCGGAGUUACAUCAACUAAUCUUACAUUCUCAGUUGCAUUUGCCUAUCUAGGAAGAGAGCGUGUGGAAAACUAUUUAUGGAUACUUUUGAGGCUUCGAUCAUUUAUGGAGGAUUAUGGGUGCGAUCUCCCAUAA